AUGUCCUGGAUGUGUGGAGACAUCCAUGGGCAGUUCUUUGACCUGAUGAAGCUGUUUGAAGUAGGAGGAUCACCAGCAUCCACGCGCUACCUUUUCCUGGGGGACUACGUUGACAGAGGGUAUUUCAGUAUUGAAUGUGUGCUGUACUUGUGGGCCUUAAAGAUCCUUUACCCCAAAACACUGUUUCUGCUGCGUGGGAAUCAUGAAUGUAGACAUUUAACAGAGUAUUUCACAUUUAAGCAGGAAUGUAGAAUUAAGUAUUCAGAGAGGGUGUAUGACGCAUGUAUGGACGCCUUCGACUGCCUUCCCCUGGCUGCACUUAUGAACCAGCAGUUCCUGUGUGUACACGGAGGACUGUCUCCAGAAAUCACAAAUCUUGACGACAUCAGGAAACUAGACAGAUUCAAAGAGCCUCCAGCAUACGGACCAAUGUGCGAUCUGCUGUGGUCUGACCCCCUGGAGGACUUUGGGAAUGAGAAGAGCCAAGAGCAUUUCACACACAACACAGUGCGAGGCUGUUCCUACUUCUACAGCUACCCUGCAGUCUGUGACUUUCUACAACACAAUAACUUAUUAUCUAUCAUCCGGGCCCAUGAAGCGCAGGAUGCUGGAUAUCGCAUGUACAGAAAGAGUCAGACCACUGGCUUCCCAUCCCUUAUCACCAUCUUCUCAGCACCCAACUACCUAGAUGUCUACAACAACAAAGGUACGGAGAAGAAAUACAUCAUUAUCAAUCUUCUGUGCCGUAUAACAUGA